AUAAUAUCCGAUUUUUAGUAUUCGUAGGAUUUUAUUUGUAUUAAUUUAUUUUGUAAUAGGAGUCAUUUUCAAAACCAAAAUGCCGUUCUCUAUACGAAAUGUAUUUAUUAUUUUUAUGACAGUUUUUAUUUUUUCUGACAUGACACAUAGUGCAGAUAAUACAGAAACUUUCAAUACUUCCACGAACACUGUGCUCGUUCCUGCUCCAGUUGUUGAUUGGCAUGUUGUGAAGUCGGGCAAUAAGAAUUUUUAUAUACAAACAUAUUUUAAAGCUAAUUGGUUCAAAGCCAUGGAGUAUUGCCAUUUUCAUGGAAUGCAAUUCGCCAGCAUUACCAGCGAAGAAGAAAAUAAGCUCGUGGUGGAUGAGUUGAAUGCAUUGAAUUAUGGUGAAAAUUCUCACUUUUGGAUCUCAGGAAACGAUCUAUCAGAAAAUAAUACGUUCAUUUGGUUAGGCAACGGCCAAACAUUUAAGUUUAAGAAUUGGCUUGACAACGAACCAAACGAUAGACCAAACGAAGAUUGCGUAGAAUAUUGGUAUAAAGGAUCGGAAGGUUUCAAAUGGAACGAUGAGAUAUGCGAUAAAAAUUACUUUUUUAUUUGUGAAUUUUAACUAAAAUAAAAAAAAAAUUGCUACAUGAUUGUAAAUUGUUAAAUACAAUGUAUUUCAAAUAUAUUUAAAGAAUAUAAAGUAA